UAACACUUUCUUUCUUUUUUUUAUAAAAUUCCCCCAAUUUUAACUCAUUCUUUCUUCCUUCUUUCCAACAAUUCUCUGUCUUUUUUUGCUUUAUUCAUCCACAAAAUCAUCAUAGUCAAAAAUGGCGAACUGAAACUUCAUCAAUUUUGACCUUUUUUUUUUCCCUUCCAAAUUUUCAGUCUCAAUCAAAAACUCAUACAAUUAAUUAAUCGAUUUCAUUUGCAUUAAAUUCCAUAUACUGAUUUUUUUCUCAAUCAACGAAAAACAAUGGAGGAUUUUCGGGAGGAGAGAGAAAAUAAACCGAUAGAACUAAGAGCAGUUGAAGCGUUAGGGUUAGGGUUUGAUCUAACAUCGGAUUUUAGGUUGAAAUUUGCUAAAAAAGAAAGACUUGUUGUUUUAGAUGAAGCUCAUAAAAGAAACGUUGUUAUUCCUGGUGGAAACGUUUCGAUUCCUGGUGUUUCUGUUGAUAUUCGUUGCGAUAAAGGUGAACAAUUGCGGUUUAAGUCUGAUGUUCUUCAAUUUAAUCAGAUGUCAGAGUUACUAAAUCAAAGAUCUUCUGUGCAAGGAAAAGUGCCUUCUGGCUACUUCAAUGCUAUCUUUAAUUUUAGUGGAGCUUGGUUAAAUGAUGCUGCAGAAAGCAAACAUCUAGCUUUUGAUGGUUACUUUGUUGCUUUGUACCACUUGCACUUAAUGGCAUCUGCCAUUGUUCUCCAUGAUAAAGUGAAAAAGUCUGUUCCUUCACAUUGGGAUCCUGCAUCAUUGUCAAGGUUUAUCCAGAAAUACGGGACACACAUUAUCGUCGGCUUGGCUGUUGGAGGUCAAGAUUUAAUUUGUGUCAGACAGACCCCUUCAUCAGAAAUCCCACCUGCUGAACUCAGAGCGCAUCUGGAAGAUCUUGGAGAUGCGCUAUUCUCUGAUGAAAAAGAUCCACUAUUACAGCGAAAAGCUAGGGACGGAAACCAAAAGGCUCCCGAGGUCUUCAGUCGGAUCCUGCAGACCAAUAGCAUACGGUUAACGAGUGUUGUAGAAACAUCAAAUAAGGAUGGACUCUCUGUUAUACGUUCACGAAGAGGGGGAGAUGUUUAUCUGCAUAGUCACUCCCAAUGGCUCCAGACAGUGCCUAGCCACCCUGAUGCAAUUCUCUUUAAGUUUGUUCCUAUUACAUCUCUCCUUACUGGAAUCCCAGGCAGUGGUUAUCUUAGCCAUGCUAUUAAUUUGUAUUUGAGAUACAAACCUACUCCAGAUGAUCUGCAGUGCUUUCUGGAAUUCCAAGUUCCAAGACAAUGGGCACCAAUGUACAACGAGCUUCCCCUUCAGCAUCAAAGAAUAACAUCCUCAUCAUCUAUCCUUCAAUUUAGCUUAUUGGGUCCUAAAAUACAUGUUAAUUCCACCAAGGUCUCGAGUAGUGUGAAACCAGUUGUAGGUCUUCGCCUAUACUUGGAGGGCAAGCACUGCAAUCAACUAGCCAUCCAUGCUCAGCAUCUGACAACCCUGCCUAAUUCUAUGACAUUUUCAUCACCUCAUGAUCAUUGUCAAUGGCGAGGUUCUGAUGAUUUUGAUCCUCAAGGCCAAUUCUUAGAACGGAUUAGAUGGAAGAGGUUCUCAAAAGUCUGCACAUCUGCGGUGAAGCAUGACCCAAACUGGCUCCAGGGUAAAACAACUGGGGUUUUCUUUGUCACUGGAGCACAACUCAUCACGAAAGGGAGGUGGCCGAAGACAGUACUUCACCUCCGAUUGCUCUUCAGUCACCUACCCAACUGCGUGAUCAGAGAUUCUAAUUGGGCUGCCGCCCCACAAUCUUCUCACAAGUCUAGCAUCCUCAUGACAUUAAGCACAACUUUCACCUUCACUCAGAAGCAAAACAACAGCCCGCCUAAAAAGUUACCAGCUGCACUGAACUCAGGUGUUUACCCAAAUGGCCCUCCAGUUCCUGUCAGCAGCCAGAAGCUGCUCAAAUACGUCGAUACUUCUGAGGUGCUACGUGGUCCUCAUGAUGCUCCAGGACAUUGGCUGGUCAUAGCUGCUAAACUUGUGACAGAGGGAGGUAAAAUAGGUUUACAUGUAAAGUUUGCUUUAAUAGAUUAUACAAAUGAUGUGUAAAUUUUUGCUGUACAUAUAUGUCAUUCGAUAAGGUGUUUGCAAUUAUUUUGUACGUCUUGAGGUUAUCUUUAUAAGAAGUGGUGAUUGUGUGAGGGAAAUAGUACCAUAAGCUCUGUGUACAGAAAAAUUAGAAAUUGUGAAAUUUUGUCCCUUCUUUUUUUUCUUUUUUAUUGAAUGUGGAAUAAUACAUCCUUAAUUAUUGCAAUAA